ACAAGCUGUAAUAUUACACUUUCAAUCAUUUGCACACCAACUGUUUGCGUCUUUGGGAAACUAAUUACCGAUCAAUAUGGCGCACCAGAGCGAGAACGGCAGAGACACGACUGCCGACGAGUCCGGAAACCCGAUCCGCCGGACUGAAGACCCGGUUCAUCACCAAGGUGUAACUGAAGCAACCACCGGGAAUGGCACUCAUGACACUAUAACAGGGUACGGAACUCAUGAAACGACCGGAACGGGGCACAAGACUCAUGGUACAACUGGUACAGGGAACGGAACUCAUGAAACGACCGAAACGGGGCACAAGACUCAUGGUACAACUGGUACAGGGAACGGAACUCAUGGCAGGGCGGCCAGGGCCACUGGGCCAACUGGUUUCGCUGCAACAACGGCCGGCGGUCAGGGACUCCUGCAUCACCGGUCUGACGGCUCAUCAAGCUCUUCUGAGGAUGACGGGUACGGCGGGAGGAGGAAGAAGGAGGAGAAGGAAAAAGAAGGGCUUGAAGAGAAGAUUAAGGAGAAGCUGCCAGGCGGGAACAGUGACCAUAGCGGCACUAAUAAUACGCCACCGUCUGAUACCAUCCCCCAUGAGAAGAAGGGCAUGAUGGACAAGAUCAAAGAGAAGCUUCCCGGCCAUCAUGAAAUCGACCAUUCAUCGACUAUAGAUAUAUGUACCUAAAUGCUUGGCUUGUUGUGAACUUGUGAUAGCUGAAUAUGCUGAUAAGCAUCUACCUAUAGUACAUGGUAUAUAGUAUAUAACUAUAUACUGCUGUGUAUAAGUUCUGCAUGGUAAAUCGAUUUGUUCUUUCUCUUCGUGCUGGUUUGUAUUGUUUAAAUUUGAAACCAUUCGUAUUGGUCUUCAGGGUA